GUGAGAAGAAUAAUUCAAACUAACAAUAUUACUUUAAUCACACUUAAUACAAAAACCCACACAAACGCCACAACGAUUAACACACAAUUAGUCCAUAGUUAAGGCAAUAAAAAAACGCAUAAACUCCAUCUUAAUAAUUUCACGCAAAUCGAGGUGGAGAAAUGUCUACCGCCUCUUCACUUGUCUCUCCACUCCUGUCAAACGACGUCGUUGACGGCGCCGUCGACUACAAAAACCGGCCGGUGAAUCGGUCGAGUUCCGGCGGAUGGAGAUCUGCAGGUUUCAUCAUAGGUGUUGAAGUAGCUGAGAGGUUUGCUUAUUAUGGAAUUAGUUUGAAUUUGAUUACUUAUCUUACCGGAGAGUUAGGUCAGUCCACGGCGACCGCGGCAGCUAAUGUGAAUGCCUGGUCUGGAGCUGCUAUGCUCACGCCGUUGCUUGGAGCAUUCAUCGCUGAUUCGUAUUUAGGUCGUUAUCGGACGAUCAUAGUUGCUUCGUUUCUCUAUGUUCUGGGUCUUGGAUUCUUGACCCUUUCAGCUGUUUUUCCUUUCAGCUCUACAAACUGUGAAAGUGCAACUAAUUCUCUGUCGUGCCCCCCUCCGUUGUUCCAAGUUAUCCUCUUCUUUUCCUCUCUAUACCUUGUUGCACUAGCACAGGGAGGACAUAAACCAUGUGUUCAGGCAUUUGGAGCUGACCAAUUUGAUGCAGGAGAUUUGGAGGAGCGCAAAGCCAAAAGUUCAUUUUUCAAUUGGUGGUAUUUUGGUUUAUGUAGCGGUACAUUGGCGGCGCUCACAAUUCUAAGUUAUAUACAAGAUAACCUUAGUUGGGGUCUAGGUUUUGGGAUUCCCUGCAUCGCCAUGAGUAUGGCACUGGUGGUCUACUUGCUUGGAACUAUGUCAUAUCGAUUUAGCAUCAAUAGUGAUGAGAAAAGCCCGUUUAUGAGGAUUGGUAAAGUAUUUAUCAUAGCAACUAGGAACCGUAGACUUACCUCUUCAGCAGUAUCGGUUAACGAGGAAGCAAGGGGAAUCUUACCCGAUCAGGGUUCUCAACAAUUCAGUUUUCUCAAUAAAGCGCUGAUUUCACCUGAUUCUUUAAAGGAAGAUGAAAAAGUAUGUAGCAUUCCUGAAGUUGAGCAGGCAAAGGCGAUUCUGAGGCUGGCUCCUGUUUGGGCUUCAUGUUUGGUAUUUGGCAUUGUGUUUGCACAGUCACCCACAUUAUUUACUAAGCAGGGAGUUACGAUGAACAGAUCUAUUGGGUCAAACUUUCAGAUCCCUCCCGCAGCGCUACAAUCUUGUAUUUACCUUCCGGUACUUCUUUUCAUUCCCAUUUAUGACCGCGUUCUGGUUCCAAUAGCAAGAGUCCUGACUAGAAGACCCUCAGGGAUAACAAUGCUGCAAAGAAUUGGAGUUGGACUACUUUUCUCCGUCUUUUCCAUGCUAUCAGCAGCUCUGGUUGAGAUAAAACGACUCAGAACUGCUCAGGAUUAUGGUCUUGUGGAUACACCUGAUGUAUACAUCCCGAUGAGUAUAUGGUGGUUGGUACCGCAGUAUGUAUUGUUGGGACUGGCUGAUGUAUUCGCUAUGGUUGGUCUCCAAGAAUUUUUCUAUGAUCAGGUUCCUAGUGAACUAAAAAGUUUAGGUCUUGCUCUAUAUCUGAGUAUCUUUGGAGUUGGCAGCUUCUUGAGCAGCUUUCUCAUCUCUGCCAUUCAAAAGGUCUCCAGUGAAAACGGCCGUGAUGGCUGGUUUGCUGACAACUUGAAUCGGGCCCAUCUUGAUUACUUUUACUGGCUCUUGUCUGGACUCAGUGCAUUGGCGUUGGUGCUUUACUUGUAUUUUGCACGAUCGUAUAUUUAUAAUCGACAACAUACUCUUUAAGGUGCGUGUAGAUGUUAAACAGUGAUUGUUUGCAGUUAUGAAUCUUGUAGAUAUAAAGCACUUGUAUCAUCAUUGAUUGCUUUUGAUGAACUGGAUUCUGUAAAUAUGAAGCAAAGUUAUGUAUUAUAUAUUUACUUCAUUUGA